CUGUUUUCAUAUGGAGGCAGUGGAGUAAGAGCCAAAUUCCGUUGUUCGUCUCUUGAGAGUGAUUAGAUCACAGAAGUUUGAUUGAUAAAAAUGAAAGUGAAUAUUUUGAUAUUGGUGGUGGGAGUGUUGGGCAUUUGCUCCAUCGCUAAAUCAGGCGUCCCCAGUGAUCCAUUUCUUGGAAUUUCUCCGCAAGAUGAGAAUUACUACAAGACAUCAUCAAAUAGCAUAAAAUGUAAAGAUGGAUCCAAAAUAUUCAGUAAAGCUCAGCUUAAUGAUGACUUCUGUGAUUGUCCUGAUGGCACUGAUGAACCAGGUACAUCAGCUUGUCCACUUGCAAAAUUCUAUUGUCGAAAUGCCGGACAUUUUCCGCUUACGAUAUUUUCUUCAAGAGUCAAUGAUGGACUCUGUGACUGUUGUGAUGGGAGUGAUGAAUAUGAUGGGCAAGUCAAAUGCCGAAAUACAUGCUGGGAGGCUGGAAAAGUGGCUAGAGAUAAGCUGAGCAAAAAGAUUGCCACAUAUAAGGAGGGGAUGGCUUUCAGGAAGCAGGACAUUGAAAAGGCAAAACAAUCAAUUGCAAAAGAAGAGGCAGAGCUAUCAAAGCUAAGAAAUGAGGAGAACAUACUGAAAGGGCUUGUUGACCAGCUUAAAGAGCGUAAAGAACAAAUAGAGAAGGCAGAAGAAAAAGAGCGCUUGCAGAAGGAAAAAGAAGAGAAAGAGGAAAAGGAAGCUGAAGAAAAGGCUAAGAGGGAAAAAGGAGAAAUUGGAGAGGACGCCAAGCAAGAAAAAGGACAGGAUGUUGAGAAAACCAAUGUUGAAGAUGAAUCCUCAGAAAGUAUCCAUGAAGAUGCAAUUGGUGUUUUGGAUGAUUCUCCUUUGGAUCAGGAUAAUGCAGGGGAGUAUGUUAGUCAUGUAGCUGAUGCUGAACCAAGCGAUACUUCCAAAAAUGAAGGAUCACAAUUGCAUAAAGUGGAUAAGCAUGUCGUAAAGGAGGAAGAGCCUGUCUUGCCAAAAAGCGUAGCUGAUGCUGGACAAAGUGAUACUUCGAAAGUUGAAGGAUCACCAGCGAGUGAAAUACAGAAGGAUGUGGUGCUAGAGAGUGAAGAGGCUGUCUUACCAAAAGGCAAAGAUGACUCUGCACUUGUGAGUGACACAAGUCACGAUGUUGGUGAGGUAUCUGGCGAUCAAGCUGUGAAAUUGGGAAAUAGUGCAUCUGAAAAUACUGAAGGGUUAUCAAAGGAAGAGUUAGGCCGCCUUGUUGCUUCUCGUUGGACAGGAAAUUCUGAGAAGCAAACUGAUGGAGAUGAUAAUGAUCAUAAAGAGCACGAGGAGAUGCCACCAGACAUGCACGAUGAGGAAUAUGAUGGCUAUGCUUCUGGAACCGAUGAGGAAACUGAAAAAUAUGACGAUGACAGGGGACAAUAUGAUGAUGUUGACACAGAAGAUGAUGUCGAUGAGACUUAUGAAGAUGAUUCUAACGAUGAUAUAGACUCUUCUUACAAAUCUGAACCUGAUUAUGAUUUAGACUUAUCAGAUACAACCUCUACAAGUAAUCCAUCUUGGUUGGAGAAGAUACAAAAAACUGUACGUAACAUUCUACAAGCUGUUAAUCUUUUUCAAACUCCAGUGGACAAAUCAGAGGCUGCUCAUGUACGCAAGGAAUACGAGGAGUCCAGUGCCAAGUUGACUAAAAUACAGUCAAGGAUAUCUAGUUUAACGCAAAAGUUAAAACAUGAUUUCGGGAAAGAGAAGGAGUUCUAUUCAUUCUAUGAUCAAUGUUUUGAGAGCAAACAAAACAAGUAUAUUUACAAAGUCUGUCCAUUCAAACAAGCUUCCCAGGUGGAGGGCCAUUCAACAACUCGUUUAGGCCGUUGGGACAAAUUUGAGGAUUCGUACGGUGCUAUGAUGUUCUCAAACGGCGACAAGUGCUGGAAUGGGCCUGAUAGAAGCUUGAGGGUAAGGCUGAGAUGUGGAUUGAACAAUGAGGUUACUGGAGUAGAUGAACCAAGCCGUUGCGAAUAUGUAGCAGUUUUAUCUACUCCGGCUCUGUGCCUGGAGGAAAAGCUUAAGGAAUUGGAAAAUAAACUAGACGAACAGUCGCAUAGCCACGAUGAACUAUAAACUAGCAGCAUCAGAUAGUUUAAUGGACGUUGAAGGCCUUCAAACAUUCGAAUUUUUAGAAAUAUACGAGGGACUCGCUAAUUGCGCCUCCUAAAACAGGUAUUUAGAAAUUUUUUGAGCAGCAUAUUGAAGUGAGGUAAAUUGUAUUAACAAUUGUAAUUCAUUGUUAGAUUGAGAGUACCGAUUUUGGAGUGGUUGAUACUAUAAAGAAGCAAACUUUAGAAAUAUGAUAAUAAUAAUAAAUAAUGAUUUAGAAUCGAAAAAUUGGAGAUUGUGAGAAUGAAUUGUAACGAAAUGGAAAGAAGGUUUUGAUGGAAAUAGAGUAUGGCUUGGGUGGUACUGCCAAUGUACCACACAAA